CUACAUCUUUUUUAUUUUUUUUUUAUUUUCUUAAUUAUAACAUUCAUUGACUCUCUUUUUUAAAUUCUUGCAUAAAAGACAUUUAAGAAAAGUUUCAGUUGUCAAUACAAGAAAAAGAGAAAAGUUUUUCUAAUUUUAGAUUAUCUAAAAAAAGAAUACACCUAUAAUGGAUCACAACAACUCGGGAUUACCCAUUCCAGUUGGCGGAGCACCUUCUGCUUAUACAAAUCAAUAUGAUCAGUACGCGUACGAGUCUAAUCCUCAAACAGAAAAAAGUCAACAAGACAAGUUGAAGGAAAAAGCCAGAAAAUGGCAGCAAUUACAAAAUAAGCGUUAUGGCGAAAAAAGAAAAUUCGGUUUUAUUGAACAUGAAAAAGCUGAUAUGCCUCCUGAGCAUCUUCGAAAGAUUAUCAAGGAUCAUGGUGAUAUGACGGCAAAGAAAUUUAGACAUGAUAAACGUAUUUAUCUCGGUGCACUCAAGUAUGUUCCUCAUGCCGUUUUAAAGUUACUGGAAAAUAUGCCUAUGCCUUGGGAACAAGUCAGAGAAGUGUCUGUUUUGUACCAUAUUACUGGUGCCAUUACUUUUGUGAAUGAAAUUCCUUGGGUCAUUGAACCCGUUUAUAUCGCUCAAUGGGGUUCUCAAUGGAUUAUGAUGCGUAGAGAAAAGCGUGACAGAAGACAUUUUAAGCGUAUGCGCUUCCCUCCUUUCGAUGAUGAAGAACCCCCUCUCGAUUACGGUGAUAAUAUUAUGGAUGUCGAACCUCUUGAAGCUAUUCAAAUGGAAUUAGAUGAAGAAGAAGACGAUGCUAUUUAUGAUUGGUUUUAUGACAACAAACCUUUAAUGGAUACCAAAUUUGUGAAUGGUUCUAGUUACCGUAACUGGCGUUUGAAUUUGCCAAUUAUGUCUACUUUAUAUCGUGUUGCCCAUCAAUUGCUCUCCGAUCUUAAUGACAAGAAUUACUUUUAUCUCUUCGAUCUUAACUCCUUCUUUACUGCAAAGGCUUUAAGUAUGGCCAUCCCCGGUGGUCCCAAAUUCGAACCUCUUUAUCGUGAUAUGGAUUCUGCAGAUGACGAUUGGAACGAAUUCAAUGAUAUCAACAAAAUUAUCAUUCGUCAACCCGUUCGUACAGAAUACAAGAUCGCUUUCCCUUUCUUGUACAACUCCCUUCCUCGUAGUGUACAAGUGUCAUGGUACCAUUACCCUACAGUCGUAUUUAUCCGUACUGAGGAUCCCGACCUUCCUGCCUUCUACUUUGAUCCUAUCGUUAACCCUAUUUCUUCUCGUAACGUCGAUAAUGCUGGCACACAACAUGAAGAUGAGAUUUUCGGUGAUGGAGAUGAGGACACUGAGUUUACGUUACCCAACUAUGUCGUUCCUUUCUUGGAUGAUACUGAACUUUAUACUGAUAAUACUGCCAAUGCCAUCUCACUUUACUGGGCCCCUCAUCCUUUCGAUAAGAGAUCAGGUCGUACUCGUCGUGCUCAAGAUGUCCCUCUUGUCAAGAGUUGGUAUCUCGAACAUUGUCCUGCUGGUCAACCUGUCAAAGUCCGCGUUUCUUAUCAAAAGUUACUUAAAUGCUAUGUUUUGAACGCUCUUCGUCAUCGACCUCCCAAGGCACUUAAUAAGAAGUAUCUUUUCCGUAGUCUUAAAGCCACCAAGUUUUUCCAGACUACACAAAUUGAUUGGGUUGAAGCUGGUCUCCAGGUCUGUCGUCAAGGUUAUAACAUGUUGAAUUUGCUGAUCCACAGAAAGAAUUUGAACUAUCUUCAUCUCGAUUACAAUUUCAAUUUGAAGCCUGUCAAGACCUUGACUACCAAGGAAAGAAAGAAGUCUCGUUUUGGUAACGCUUUCCAUCUUUGUAGAGAAAUUUUACGUUUGACCAAGCUCAUUGUGGAUUCCCAUGUCCAAUACCGUCUUGGUAACGUGGAUGCUUUCCAAUUGGCCGAUGGUCUUCAGUAUAUCUUUUCCCAUGUGGGUCAAUUGACUGGUAUGUAUCGUUACAAGUAUCGUUUGAUGAGACAAAUUCGUAUGUGUAAGGAUUUGAAGCAUUUGAUCUAUUACCGUUUCAAUACCGGUCCCGUGGGUAAAGGUCCUGGUGUAGGUAUCUGGGCCCCUGGAUGGAGAGUUUGGCUUUUCUUUAUGCGUGGUAUCGUCCCCCUCCUUGAGCGUUGGUUAGGUAACUUACUCGCUCGUCAAUUCGAAGGUAGACAUUCAAAGGGUAUUGCCAAGACUGUCACCAAGCAACGUGUUGAUUCUCAUUACGAUUUGGAGUUGAGAGCCGCUGUUCUUCAUGAUAUUAUGGAUGCUAUGCCUGAAGGUAUUAAGGGUAACAAGUCCCGUACCAUUCUUCAACAUCUUUCUGAAGCUUGGAGAGCUUGGAAGGCUAAUAUUCCUUGGAAGGUGCCUGGUAUGCCUGCACCGAUUGAAAACAUGAUCCUCCGUUAUAUCAAGGCUAAGGCUGAUUGGUGGACCAGUGUUGCUCAUUAUAAUCGUGAACGUAUCAGAAGAGGUGCUACUGUCGAUAAGACCAUUUGCCGUAAAAAUUUGGGUCGUUUGACUCGUCUCUGGCUUAAGGCAGAACAAGAACGUCAACAUAAUUAUCUCAAGGAUGGUCCUUACAUCACUGCGGAAGAAGCUGUUGCUAUUUAUACCUCUACCGUCCAUUGGUUAGAAAGCCGAAAGUUCUCUCCUAUUCCUUUCCCCCCUCUUUCUUACAAACAUGAUACCAAAUUGCUCAUUCUUGCCCUUGAACGUCUUCGUGAAGCUUACAGUGUGCAAGGUCGUUUGAACCAAAGUCAGAGAGAAGAAUUGGGUUUAAUUGAACAAGCGUAUGAUAAUCCCCAUGAAGCCCUUUCACGUAUUAAACGUCUCCUGUUGACUCAACGUGCUUUCAAGGAAGUUGGUAUUGAAUUCAUGGAUCUGUAUUCUCACUUGAUUCCUGUUUAUGAUAUUGAACCUCUUGAGAAGAUUACGGAUGCCUACCUUGAUCAAUAUCUUUGGUAUGAGGCUGACAAGCGUCAUCUUUUCCCUGCAUGGAUCAAGCCUUCUGAUUCCGAACCUCCUCCAUUACUUGUUUAUAAGUGGUGUCAAGGUAUUAACAACUUGACCGAUGUUUGGGAUACUACUGAAGGUCAAUGUAAUGUCAUGAUGGAGACCACUUUCAGCCGUGUUUAUGAAAAGAUUGAUCUUACGCUCUUGGGUCGUCUUUUGCGUCUGAUUUUGGAUCACAAUUUAGCUGAUUAUGCCACGGCCAAGAACAAUAUUGUGUUGAAUUAUAAGGAUAUGAAUCAUGUGAACGCCUUUGGUUUGAUCCGUGGUCUUCAAUUUGCUUCAUUUAUUUUCCAAUACUAUGGUCUUGUCUUGGAUCUUUUGGUGUUGGGUCUUCACCGUGCUAGUGAAAUGGCUGGUCCCCCUCAAUUGCCCAAUGAUUUCUUGCAAUACCGUGAUGUUGAUACAGAAACACGCCAUCCUAUUCGUUUGUAUUCUCGUUAUGUGGAUCGUAUUCAUAUCUUCUUCCGUUUCACUGCGGAUGAAGCGCGUGAUUUGAUCCAACGAUACUUGACGGAGCAUCCUGAUCCUAAUUUCGAAAAUAUUGUUGGAUAUAAUAACAAGAAGUGCUGGCCUCGUGAUUGUCGUAUGCGUCUUAUGAAACAUGAUGUGAACUUGGGUCGUGCCGCCUUCUGGGAUAUCAAGAAUCGACUUCCUCGUUCUUUGACGACAAUUGAAUGGGAGAAUAGUUUUGUGAGUGUGUACUCUCAAGAUAAUCCCAACUUGCUGUUCUCGAUGAGUGGAUUCGAAAUCCGUAUCCUUCCCAAGAUCCGAAGCUUGAAUGAAGAAUUUACCUUAAAGGAUGGUGUCUGGAAUUUGGUGAAUGAACAAACCAAGGAAAGAACCGCACAAGCCUACUUGCGCGUUGAUCAAGAAUCGAUGGACAAGUUCCAUAACCGUAUCCGACAAAUUUUGAUGGCUUCUGGUAGUACUACUUUCAGUAAGAUUGCCAACAAAUGGAACACUGCCUUGAUUGGUUUGAUGACAUAUUAUCGUGAAGCUGUUGUUCAUACGCGUGAAUUACUUGAUUUACUCGUGAAGUGUGAGAACAAGAUCCAGACGCGUGUCAAGAUUGGUCUCAAUUCCAAAAUGCCUUCUCGUUUCCCUCCUGUAGUGUUCAUGACACCCAAGGAAUUGGGUGGUCUUGGUAUGCUCUCUAUGGGUCACGUUUUGAUUCCUCAAUCUGAUUUACGAUGGUCCAAGCAAACAGAGACUGGUAUUACUCAUUUCCGUUCUGGUAUGUCUCAUGAUGAAGAUACGUUGAUUCCUAACUUGUAUCGUUACAUUCAAUCUUGGGAAUCCGAGUUUGUUGAUUCUCAACGUGUAUGGGCUGAAUAUGCUUUGAAGCGUCAAGAAGCCAAUGCACAAAACAGACGUUUGACUUUGGAAGAUCUGGAGGAUUCUUGGGAUCGUGGUAUUCCUCGUAUUAAUACACUUUUCCAAAAGGAUCGUCAUACGCUUGCUUAUGAUAAGGGUUGGCGUGUACGUACCGACUUCAAGCAGUAUCAAGUGUUGAAGAACAAUCCAUUCUGGUGGACUCAUCAACGACAUGAUGGUAAGCUUUGGAAUUUGAACAAUUAUCGUACGGAUAUGAUUCAAGCUCUUGGUGGUGUUGAAGGUAUUUUGGAACACACCUUGUUCAAGGGUACGUACCAUAAGGAUUGGCAUGGUUUGUUUUGGGAGAAGGCGUCUGGUUUUGAAGAGUCGAUGAAGUCCAAGAAAUUGACCAAUGCUCAAAGAUCCGGUUUGAACCAAAUUCCCAAUCGUCGUUUCACGCUCUGGUGGUCCGUUACAAUCAAUCGUGCAAAUGUUUAUGUCGGUUUCCAAGUGCAACUUGAUUUGACUGGUAUUUUCAUGCAUGGUAAGAUUCCCACUCUCAAGAUUUCUCUCAUUCAGAUUUUCCGUGCGCAUUUGUGGCAAAAGAUUCACGAGGCGCUUACCAUGGAUUUUGCUCAAGUAUUUGAUCGUGAAUUGGAAGCUCUCCAGAUUGAAACAGUGCAAAAGGAAACUAUCCAUCCCAGAAAGUCUUACAAGAUGAAUUCCUCUGCUUCUGACAUCUUGUUGUUUGCUGCCUAUAAGUGGCCUGUCUCUCGUCCCUCACUCUUGAGUGACCCUAAGGAUGUGAUGGAAGGUCCUACCACUACCAAGUACUGGCUUGAUAUUCAAUUGAGAUGGGGUGAUUAUGAUUCUCAUGAUAUUGAAAGAUACACGCGUGCCAAGUUCUUGGAUUACACUACGGAUAACAUGAGUAUCUAUCCUUCUCCCACUGGUCUUAUGAUUGGUGUUGAUUUGGCCUACAAUUUGUAUUCUGCUUACGGUAACUGGAUUCCUGGUAUGAAGCCUCUUGUUCAACAAGCAAUGGGUAAGAUCAUGAAGGCCAAUCCUGCUCUUUAUGUCCUUCGUGAACGUAUCAGAAAGGCCCUUCAAUUGUAUUCUUCUGAGCCUACUGAACCUUACUUGUCAUCUACCAAUUAUGGUGAGUUAUUCAGUAACCAGAUUAUUUGGUUUGUUGAUGAUACCAAUGUUUAUCGUGUUACCAUCCACAAGACUUUCGAAGGUAAUUUGACUACCAAGCCUAUUAACGGUGCGAUUUUCAUCUUUAAUCCUCGUACGGGACAACUUUUCUUGAAGAUUAUUCAUACAUCUGUAUGGGCUGGUCAAAAGCGUCUUGGUCAGUUGGCUAAAUGGAAGACAGCGGAAGAAGUUGCUGCUUUGAUUCGAUCUCUCCCUGUUGAAGAACAACCCAAGCAAAUUAUUGUGACAAGAAAGGGUAUGUUGGAUCCUUUGGAAGUUCAUUUGCUUGAUUUCCCCAACAUUGUGAUCAAGGGUUCGGAACUUCAAUUACCUUUCCAAGCUUGUUUGAAGGUGGAAAAGUUUGGUGAUUUGAUUUUGAAGGCUACUGAACCUCAAAUGGUCUUGUUCAACUUGUAUGAUGAUUGGUUAAAGACGUUCUCCUCAUACACUGCGUUCUCCCGUUUGGUUCUUAUUUUACGUGCACUCCAUGUCAAUACAGAUAAGACCAAGAUGAUCUUGCGUCCUGAUAGAAGUACGAUCACCGAACCUCAUCAUAUCUGGCCAACGCUCUCAGAUGAAGAAUGGGCCAAGGUGGAAGUGCAAUUGAAGGAUUUGAUUUUAGCUGAUUAUGGUAAGAAGAACAACGUCAAUGUUGCAUCCCUUACCCAAUCGGAGAUCCGAGAUAUUAUUUUGGGUAUGGAAAUUCAAGCGCCCUCUCUCCAACGUCAACAAAUUGCUGAAAUUGAGAAGCAAACAAAGGAACAAUCCCAAUUGACUGCUGUUACUACCAAGACGCGUAACAUCCACGGUGAUGAAAUGGUUGUGACGACUACUAGUAAUUACGAACAAGCUACGUUCUCUAGUAAGACAGAAUGGCGUAUUCGUGCUAUUUCUGCCACGAAUUUGUAUUUGAGAACAAACCAUAUCUAUGUUAACUCGGAUGAUAUUAAGGAACAUACGUAUACCUAUGUGAUGCCCAAGAAUGUGUUGAAGCGAUUCAUUACGAUUUCUGAUUUACGUACACAAAUUGCUGGUUUCAUGUAUGGUGUCAGUCCUCCUGAUGCACCUAAUGUCAAGGAAAUUCGAUGUGUAGUGAUUCCACCUCAAUGGGGUACACAUCAAACUGUUCAUUUACCCAAUACGCUUCCCGAACACGAAUACUUGGCAGACUUGGAGCCUUUAGGAUGGAUCCAUACUCAACCUCAAGAAUUGAUGAAUAUUUCACCUCAAGAUGUGACUACCCAUGCGAAAUUAUUAGUGAACAACAAGACGUGGGAUGGAGAAAAGACGGUGACAUUGACGUGUUCGUUCACGCCUGGUUCAUGCUCACUUUCAGCGUAUAAGUUAUCCCCGGCUGGUUUCGAAUGGGGUAAGACGAACAUCGACCCUGGUAACCAACCUCAAGGCUACUUGCCUACACACGGAGAAAAGGUGCAAAUUUUGCUGUCGGAUCGAUUCCUGGGUCACUUUAUGGUGCCUUCGGAAGUGUGGAAUUAUAACUUUAUGGGAGCACAAUUUAGUGCAAACAUGAAUUAUCGACUUGUGUUGGAUGUGCCUAAAGAGUUUUACCAUGAGUCUCAUCGUGCUGCUCAUUUCAUGAACUUUAGUAGUGAAACGGAAGCAACGACAGAAGCAGAUAUUGAAGACAACUUUGCUUAAGAAAAAAAACAAAAAUGUAAUCAUCUAUAAAUAUAAAUAAUAAAAACAAAAAUUACAAAUUC